GGAGUAAAUGCGUAAAACUAUAGUAUUGGGUUGGGUAGAAUUUAAUAUUUUUUUUAAAAGGGUGAAGUUUCCCAACGAAAUCUCUGACUCGAUUCAGUUUUCUAUAAUCAAUCAAAUCGUGUUCCCAUUCUUCUUAAUAUCCAGUUUUAUCCUCAACUCGAUCUUCCUUCUUUAAAUUUCCACAAGAAGAAGAGAAAAGAAAGAAAGAAAAAAUGGCAAAAGAAAGUGGUUAUAUUGGAUCAAUCGAUCAAGGAACGACCAGCACCAGAUUCAUCAUUUACGAUCAUGAUGCUCGUCCCGUUGCUUCUCAUCAAGUCGAGUUCACUCAGUUCUAUCCCGAAGCUGGAUGGGUGGAACACGAUCCAAUGGAGAUACUGGAAAGUGUCAAAGUAUGUAUUGCAAAGGCUCUCGACAAAGCCACCGCCGAUGGACACAACGUGGACGGUGGCUUGAAGGCCAUUGGCCUUACAGAUCAGAGAGAGACUAUCGUUGUUUGGAGCAAGUCCACUGGACUUCCUCUCCACAAAGCUAUUGUGUGGAUGGAUGCUCGCACCAGCUCCAUCUGCAGGAGGCUAGAGAAAGAACUCUCGGGAGGACGAUCUCAUUUUGUGGAGUCAUGUGGCUUGCCUAUAAGCACUUACUUCUCUGCGAUGAAGCUGCUUUGGCUCAUGGAGAAUGUUGAUGAUGUCAAAGACUCUAUCAAGAAAGGGGAUGCCAUCUUUGGCACUAUCGACACAUGGUUGAUCUGGAACAUGACUGGCGGUGUGAACGGCGGUCUACAUGUCACUGAUGUCACCAACGCUUCUCGCACCAUGCUCAUGAACCUCAAAACCUUAAGCUGGGACCACGACACUUUGAAGACUCUCGCCAUACCAGCUGAGAUCUUGCCUAAGAUUGUCAGCAACUCCGAAGUCAUUGGAGAAAUCUGCAAAGGCUGGCCUAUUCCCGGGAUCAAGAUCGCUGGAUGUCUUGGUGAUCAGCACGCUGCAAUGCUGGGACAAGCUUGCAAAAAAGGCGAGGCCAAGAGUACAUACGGCACCGGCGCUUUCAUUCUUCUCAACACAGGAGAAGUGGCUAUCAAAUCAGGUCAUGGACUGCUGACCACGCUGGCCUACAAGCUCGGGCCUCAAGCACAGACAAACUAUGCACUGGAAGGUUCGAUUGCCAUAGCUGGAGCUGCUGUCCAGUGGCUAAGAGACAGCCUUGGUAUAAUAAAGAGCGCCUCUGAAAUAGAAGAUUUGGCCAAAAUGGUAGAUUCUACAGGAGGAGUGUACUUUGUGCCAGCGUUCAACGGGUUGUUUGCUCCUUGGUGGAGAGAAGACGCUCGUGGUGUAUGCAUCGGAAUCACGAGGUUCACCAACAAGUCUCACAUUGCUCGCGCAGUUCUGGAGAGCAUGUGUUUCCAAGUGAAAGACGUUCUCGACUCCAUGAACAAAGAUGCAGGUGAAAAGGGUUCCCUAGAUAACGAGAAAGGGGAAUUCUUGCUCAGAGUUGAUGGUGGUGCCACAGCUAACAACCUACUGAUGCAGAUUCAGGCAGACUUGAUGGGAAGUCCGGUGGUGAGGCCUGUGGACAUAGAGACAACAGCACUAGGAGCAGCCUAUGCAGCUGGGUUGGCUGUGGGAUUCUGGAAGGAAGAAGACAUAUUCGAGUCGGGAGAGAAGGCGAAGAACUCCCAAGUUUUCAGACCGGCUAUGGAAGAAGAAACAAGGAAGAAGAAAGUGGAGUCUUGGUGCAAAGCGGUGGAAAGAACAUUCGAUCUCGCUGAUCUCUCUAUCUAAAACUCGAAUCAUUUGAUAUUUUUAUUUACCACAGUUGGCAUCUCUGUCUUCUAAGUCACAUGGAUCUAAUAUAUAUAUAUAUAUAUAUAUAUAUAUGUCUUUGAAGGAGAUUGAAAAAUCAAUGAA